AACACGCACCUAUUAAGAGUUGUAUGUUUUAAACGCUUUAUCCAGGACCAGAGAAAUAGCUUUGCGUGCAACAACAAGACCACAAGCAUGGCGGCCACACGAAGAACUGAAAACGAAAUGAAACUGAAAUGUUCUAAACAGCUGGCUAAAGCAACAGAUCCUUUGGAGAAACUGCGAUUGAAAUGCCUUGCUCGAGGAGCUAACGGAAUCAAGGGCCUGGCCAGGGCAUUUAAGAUCAUGGAUGAUGAUGAGAACAGAUCACUUGACAUAAAAGAGUUCAAGAAAGCCGUCAGUGACUAUGGUGUGAUCAUGGAGGAUGAAGACAUGCAGGAGUUAUUCAACAGGCUGGACAAGGAUGGCAGUGGAUCUGUCGACUUUGAUGAAUUCCUGAAAGCUCUGAGGCCUCCAAUGUCAGGAGCAAGGAAAGCCUUGAUCAUUCAAGCAUUUACAAAACUGGACAAAACAGGAGACGGAUUCAUUACCACUGAGGAUCUUAAAGGAGUCUACAACGUCAAAAAACACCCGAAAUAUUUGAACGGCGAGUGGUCAGAGGAACAGUGCUUGCGUCAAUUCCUGGAUGUGUUUGACACAGUGAACAAUAAGGACGGAAAGGUGACAAAAGAGGAGUUCAUGAAUUAUUACUGUGGUGUGAGUGCUUCAAUAGACAAUGAUGCCUAUUUUGACUUGAUGAUGAGAAAUGCCUAUAAGAUCUAGACUGUCAGUAGAGAGCCCAGCUGCACCGUUGCACCGACUACAGCACCGUCUCCCCAACCUCUUACCUGGCACACCACCUGUGUAAUUAACAUGUCACCUGGUUUAUUACUCUCUUUGUCUUUGAUGGUCGAAUUAGUAUUACGCCUGUUUGAUCAUGUAUUACCUGACUUCAGUGGAUUAGUUUUCCAGCCUUACACAGUAUUUGAUCUCAGGCAUCCAUGCAGUGAAAGAAAGAAACAUUUUCUUUCAGGCCAAACCAAUGUUAUUUUGUGUUUUAUAGGUGACUUGACACUACAAAUCCAAAAACAGAAUUAAUGUGAAACUGAAAAUCCACUUUUUUAUUUUGGUGGAUCUCUUUUUUUUUUAUCAUUAUUCCUGGUUUUAAAGACUUUCCAUCAUGUAAAUAUGUCUGCAUGUCAAAAAAUAGCAUACGUUUUCCAUGAUUUUUUAAAAAAUUUUUUCAUACGGUCCUCUGACCUUGGAAAAUGUUUCCCUCAGCCCGUAAAACAGGAAUUUAAAUUUUGGUGUGCCAAGUGAGUACAGAAAUACUGAAAUAUUUGAAUUUCUUUGUCACUUCAGCUAUCAGUCAUCACCUAACUCUGGAAUGGCUCAGAGAAAGAUCACUUGUCUUUUACUGUUAACCUUUCAACAGAGCUGAGGAAAAAUUCCCAGAAGCAUUGCUAAUUUGGUGCUCGGCAAUGUCUUUUUUAUUUUUUUAGUUCUCAGAUUUUGUACAUAUCUGAGUGAAUUCCAUAUAUCAUCUGUGAUUUAAAUGCAUAACGGUAGGGGUAAAAUGUUUCCUUGAACUGCUAUUGCUAUGUUGUUUCUUAAACUGUGUAUGUAACUUAAGUUAAU